AUGGAAGAAAUUGCUGUUGCUGCUGAAAAUAAAAAGAAUGUCAAUUACAGUGGCCAGUGCGAGUUCCCUAAGGGCGACGACUUUUACAUUAAGUCUGCUACUUCACCUUCAGGUCUUUCUUCGACUUCCUCUAUUCAAAACACGGUCUUUGAUGUUGAGCGCGGCUUUUUUGUGGCCUGGGGUGCGGUUAAAGAUGGAACAAAGGUUAUUAUUGCUCCACAAAAGAGUACCACUGAGCAUGACGGUUAUCAGCUUUGGCAUUAUGAAGACGGCUUUCUGGUUAAUAAACAAACAACCUUAUGCCUGGAACCUGAAUCAGUGAUCAAUGGAUAUCUACCCGGGAAAUUUCUUACUAUGACUUCAUACCUUUCUAUAGUAAAAGCGGGAAGUCGUCUUGUUCUUCAUCAUAGAAGAAGUGGAAGUCAAACUGCUCAGCAGAAGUGG